AUGGACGAGAACGCUGUUCUAUACGUUGCGCUUUCCUUGGUUCUUCUUUGUAUUACAACAUACUUGCUCGGGUCGGAAGGCAGACGGUUAAGUCACAUACCAACCGUUGGAGGAUCUUCUUUGCCUCUGUUAUCUUAUGUUGGCGCAUUCAGAACACUCCUCUAUUCCAAAGAUGUGCUGCAAGAGGGUUAUUCCAAGUACAAAGGAGGUGUUUUCAAGAUCGCUGAGCUUAACUGUUGGAUUGUCCUUGUGACCGGGUCCGAGUUAGUGGAAGAAUUGCGCAAGGUGCCGGACAGCAUUUUGUCGUUUCCAGUCGCUCUCCAAGAGCUUAUCCAAGAAGAAUACACCUUAGGGCGAGGGCUGGCGUCCAGUAUAUAUCAUAUCCCGCUCCUCAUCACUCGAGUUACUCGCCAUCUUGCGGAACUCUUCCCCAACAUCCACGAUGAAAUUGUCACGGCUUUUAAUGACGAACUUAGUCUCACCAAAGAAGGUAUGAUUUUAUCAAUGGACGCCGGUCCCAGCGAACAAGAUGUUGACGGAAGUGGUCUGUCGAGUGACCAAUCGUCUGUUCGUUGGGUUGCCACUAUGUAUGUUUUCCCUUUCGAUCUGCUUCGGAAGAUCAUGCUGAAUUCAAUGCUUCUCUGUCGUCCCUUCCACGACUUUGACCAGCCAGGCAGAAAUAGAGACUUUUGCGAGCUGAACAAGUCAUUCACCAUUGACUUGAUGGUCGGCGCCACGAUUGUCAGGAUGUUUCCAGAAUUUCUCAGACCGCUUGCCACACGUCUCCUUCUAAGCGUUUCCAAGAGUGUUGCCCGCGGUCAUGAACUUCUCGAUCCGAUACUGAAUGAGAGGCUGCGACUCGCGAAGGAGUUGGGCGACGACUGGAUCGACAAACCUAAAGAUCUCCUGCAAUGGCUCAUUGACGCAAGACCUUCAGACGUGCCACUUACUACAGUGCCUCUUCGUGUUCUCAUCUUGAAUGUCGCAGCCAUUCAUACCUCAUCUAUGACCCUCACGCUUGCGCUGUACUAUCUUGCUGUGCACCCUGAGUAUGUUAAGGUGCUCCGAGACGAAGUCGAAACGGUAGCGCGGACGCAUGAAUGGACCAAAGACGCUGUAGAUCGCUUGGACAAGAUGGACAGUUUCCUGAAGGAGCUCAUGCGAUUCGAAGGACUCAGUACUCGCUCGAUGAUUCGAACAGCGCUGAAGGACCACACACUUUCAAACGGCACUUUCAUCCCAGCAGGGACGCGCCUCAUGACUACUGCGAGAGCGAUACACCAUGACGAGAAUAUAUAUGCAGAUCCAGAUGUGUUCAACCCGUGGCGGUUCUCCAACAUGCGUAAUGCGGGCGAGACAGCUAAGUUCGUCAACACAAGCUCGGAAUACUUGGCGUUUGCGUAUGGGCGACAUGCAUGUCCCGGCCGGUUCUUCGCGUCAACAGAGCUGAAGGAAGUGCUUUCGCAUCUCGUGGUGAACUACGAGAUGAAGAUGGAGAAGGAGGCUGUAGUUCCUCCUUCCUCCUUCGUCGGCUAUUCAUUAAUUCCUGACUUGAAGGCUAACGUCAUGUUUCGGAGGAGAGGACGGAAUGCUAACUAA